CAGGCAACGAAUACCUCACCAUCCUUCCGCAUCUUACGGAGCUGGUUUGCUUCGCUGACCGUCUUUGUUCCUCGAGGGAGUGGUUUAUGCCAUGGACUCACCGACUGUAUUGCGCAUCUUCCGACAGCUGGCUCGACCGUCGCGGCAAUGUGUCUACAACCCCAAAUCCCAAGUGAGCAGGUCGGCAGCACCCUUUUCCAGCCAACAUCGAUCCUAUGCUAUAGGGCGAAAGAGCCAUACGGACGAGCGUGGAGAUAGUACAUGGCAGCAGCGGACGGAUAUACUUCCUCGAGAUGUCACACAACAGAUUAAAGAGUUCCCUCGCAUCACUGCAAAAGAUUUACGACACCGCACCCAACGUCCCCGACGGGUCAAGAUGUACACGAGGGACUUUAUUGAAGACAGCUUGUAUAACCCAAAUUAUGGGUACUUUACCAAGCAUGCGACCAUCUUUAAUCCCGGCGAACCCUUCGACUUUCCCAAUAUCAAGGAUGGCGCCGAGUUCAACCGAUUAGUGGACCGCAGUUAUGUCGAGUUUGAGGAUGCCCUCGAUUCCAUCCAACCAAAUGAUCUGAGACAACUCUGGCAUACCCCGACGGAGCUCUUUCGACCGUUUUACGGCGAGGCCAUCGCACGAUACCUUGUCACCAACUAUAAAAUGACCCUGUACCCGUACCACGAUCUGAUCAUCUACGAAAUGGGAGCUGGAAAUGGCACGCUCGUACGUAAUAUACUCGACUUUAUCCGAGAGAACGAGCCGGAAGUCUACACACGCACUCAGGUCAAGAUUAUCGAGAUAUCUGCCUCCCUUGCCGGGCUUCAAUUGACCAAUCUGCGACAAUCUCCCUAUGGUCGUGAACACCUCGAAAGGCUGCAGAUCAUCAACCGGUCGAUAUUUGACUGGAAUGAAUACAUUCACUCGCCCUGCUUCUUCCUGGCCCUGGAGGUCAUUGACAACUUUCCACAUGACAGCCUGCGGUACGACCCGGAUACUGAAGAGCCUCUCCAAGGCAGCCUCCUCAUCGACCAAGACGGCGAGUUCUUUGAGAUUUACGAGAAGCAUCUCGACCCAGUCGUUCGGCGGUACUUGCAGCUCCGCCAGGUUGCUGCUCGUUCUCCCUUUACCACCCCUGUCUCGGGUCCCAAGUUCCUGCGCACCCUCCGGCAUUCUCUCCCGCUGGCGCCCAAUCUCACCAAGCCCGAAUACAUCCCAACAUCAUUGAUGCAGUUCUUCGACAUUCUGCAUCGCUUCUUUCCCGCCCACCGACUGGUCCUGUCCGACUUUAACUAUCUGCCGGACGCGGUUCCCGGCCUGAAUGCUCCAGUGGUGCAAACCCGGUACCAACGCCGCAAUGUCCAGGUGACGACGCCAUUUGUCUACCAGGGUUACUUUGACAUUUUCUUCCCCACCGAUUUUGCCAUGAUGGAGGACGUCUACCGCGCAAUCACCGGAAAGCUGACACGUGUUUCAAGCCACCAAAGUUUCCUGGAGAGCUGGGCAAUUGUCGAGGAGACCAUGGUCCGGAAUGGAGAGAACCCUUUGUUGAGCUGGUACGCCAAUGCUAGCGUCAUGACCACAGUUUAGUGGAGAUGAAUUGGAGUCAGGUCUAAGCAAGGACGAGGAGAUCUAGCUAUAGGAACAUUCACACCAUGUAGAUGAAGGUUACAUGGUCGAGUCACCCGCAUGUCAAAGCGGAGGCUGCCUGAAUCACCCUCGGUAUAGUAUAAGAUUUCGGUCAAGGGCAUGUCUGUUUCUAAUGCUCCGGUCAUGGGGCUAGACUCAGGCUCAAUCCGAACAAACCUGCUCAACCCUGUACGCGAAAUGUUCUCCCGCUUGCUGUUUUCCUUUCCCUUUCUUCCGUUUCCGGCCUAGCACGAUUGAGAACUAGAGAAGGAGAAUCAGCGCCCGACGGACGAUAAAUGAAGGGUUGUAUUUACCUUGCAAGAAAUCAGCGGUCCGCCGUCUCAUUCGGGAAUGAAUAUAGGCCUUGGAGGCUUUGAUGUGGUAGUGGAAAUAAUCUCGGAAUGUUUGAAUGUGGGAGAUGACUUGUUCUCGACGGUUGCGGGUCAGAUGUCGCGGGAAAAGGACUGACAGGUUAGUUAAGGCUUCCAGCAGACAAGACGUAUCGAGAGCUGGGGUGCGGGGGCAUCAUUCUUACCAAAU